AGGGUGGUGGAGUCUUGUGUGAUUCGGGAAUUUCUUUUUUGGAUUUUUUUUAGCUAUGUUGACAGGUUUCAUUUAUGUAGUUACUCCUAGAAAAGUAAACGAAAAUAGUAAGACUCAUCUAUCCAAAGGCUGUCAAUGUAAGAACACUUUUGGCAAUAGGAGACGUUUUACUUCCUCUUCUUCUUCCUUAAUGGGAAAACGCGUCGGUCUAACCAAUAGUUCGAGACCCAAAGAAAGGACUCAGUAUGGAAUAUUAAAUAAUAUAAAAGCGUCUACAACAACUACAAGUACUUCUUCAAGAGCAGCAACAGUGUCAGAUACCUCAAGGUCGGUCGGACUGGACAAAUAUCGAAAUAUUGGCAUUAUGGCGCACAUUGACGCUGGAAAAACAACCACGACGGAACGUAUACUUUAUUACACUGGAAGAACGUAUAAAAUAGGAGAAGUGCAUGAAGGGGCUGCUGUUAUGGACUGGAUGGAACAAGAACAAGAAAGAGGAAUAACGAUAACCUCUGCAGCUACCACGACAUUCUGGAGAGACCACAGAAUCAAUAUUAUCGAUACUCCUGGACACGUAGAUUUUACAUUGGAAGUGGAAAGGUCGCUUCGUGUGUUGGAUGGCGCAGUAGCUGUGUUUGAUGGGGUCCACGGAGUGGAACCUCAAUCAGAAACGGUUUGGAGACAAGCAGACAAAUAUGAAGUGCCAAGAAUAUGCUUCGUAAAUAAAAUGGACAGAUUAGGAGCAGACUUUUUCUAUUCUUUAAAGACGAUUAAGGAGAGACUGGCUGCAAAGCCUCUCGUAUUGAAUAUUCCCGUUGGAAGGGAAGACCAGUUCAGAGGUGUAGUGGAUUUGGUGGAAAUGAAAGCCAUUAUCUGGGAGGAUGAAACACUGGGUGCCUCUUUUCAUUAUGAAGAAAUACCAAAGGACCUUUUAGAAACAGCUCAGAACCUUCAUAAACAAUUAGUUGAAUUGGCAGUAGAACAAGAUGAAGAAAUAUUAAUCAAAUAUUUGGAUGGAGAAGAACCAAGUGUAGAAACUCUUAAAAGAUGCAUUAGAAAGGGAACUGUAGAUGGUGCUUUUAUUCCUGUUCUUUGUGGUUCAGCUUUCAAGAACAAAGGAGUUCAGCCAUUGUUAGAUGCAGUGGUUGAUUAUUUACCAUCACCUUUAGAUGUGAAAGCUAUUCGUGGAGAGUUGCCUGAUGGAACUCGAGUCACUCGUAAAUCAUCUGAUACCGAAGCUUUUGCCUCGUUGGCUUUUAAAAUAGCCUCGGAUCCUUUUGUAGGGACAUUGACAUUUGUCAGAAUUUAUUCAGGAGUUUUGCAUAGUGGAAGUGUAGUUCUUAAUUCAGUGAAGAACAAGAAGGAAAGGAUUAGCAGAUUACUUUUAAUGCAUGCGAAUGAAAGAGAAGAGAUAAAGGAAGCUCGAGCUGGAGACAUUGUUGCUGUUGUUGGACUGAAAGAUACUAUUACUGGUGAAACUUUAUGUGAUCCUUCAUCACCUGUUAUACUAGAAAAGAUGGAAUUUCCAGAUCCAGUCAUCAAAGUUGCCGUUGAGCCCAAAACGAAAGCCGAUCAGGAUAAAUUGAUGCAGGCUCUUGUUCGUCUGGGACAGGAAGAUCCCAGUUUUCGCUUUUCGAGAGAUGAAGAAUCUAAUCAGACCGUAAUUGAAGGGAUGGGAGAAUUGCACCUGGAAAUCAUUAUUGACCGUAUGAAGAGAGAAUAUAAAGUCGAAUGUAAUGUUGGUGCACCUCAAGUAGCAUACCGGGAGACCAUUACGAAGAGUUCUCAAGUUGACUAUACACAUAAGAAACAAUCUGGAGGUGCUGGACAAUUUGCCAGAGUUUGUAUGCGUUUUGAGCCCUUUGAGCCUAUCAUGGAUGAACGAGGCCGUCCCGAGAAGACUUGGGAAUUUAUUUCGGAGAUCAAAGGAGGUUCCGUUCCUAGAGAAUAUAUUCCUGGUGUUAUGAAAGGAGUUGAAGGUGAGAUUCCGAAUGGCGUACUUGCUGGUUAUCCCAUUCAGAAUAUACGUGUCUGUUUAUUUGAUGGUUCUUAUCAUGAGGUUGAUUCAUCUGUUUUGGCUUUUGAAAUUGCUUCGAGACACGCCUUUCGAGAUGGAGUAAGGAAAGCUGGACCUCGUUUGUUGGAACCCAUUAUGCGAUUGGAAGUUGUAACUCCAGAAGAGUUUCUUGGUGAUGUAUUAGGCGAUAUUAAUUCCCGUAGAGGAAACGUUUUGAAUGUGAAUGACCGAAGUAAUCUCAAAGUUAUCCAAGCACGAGUACCUUUAGCGAAUAUGUUUCAAUAUGUUUCUACUUUACGUUCGAUGUCUAAAGGUAGAGCUUCGUACAGUAUGUUUCUAGACGGAUAUGAGAUCGUUCCUCAGCAUAUUGAAAAGGAAUUGUUGAGUAAAGGUGGAGGGUCUUGAUACUGAGAAUAAAUAUUUCAUUGUGAACAGUGCUAUUCGAUAUUUUUGUUGUU